CUUACUCCAAAUAUGUCCAUUUUUCAAUUCUAAGCAACUACAUUGAAAGUUACCUACCCUUCUCUCUCUCUCUCUCUCUUUCUCACUGCACCUACCAAAACCUGCAACUCCUUUGACUUGUCUUUCUCUUCUCUUUUGCUCGAUGCUUCUCUUUUUUUUCUCAAUAAAGAUCGAAGCAAUUCUUUCUCUAAUUCUCCAUGGAUUUUCGAUUCAGAAAGUUAUUAUCUGAAGAGAAUGAAACCUGUUCAAAGUUCUGUGUGUCAUCAGAUGAAGUAUCCUAUUAUUACUGUCAGGGAAGUUGUUGGGAUUAUUGUAAGGGAAAUUGUGUAUUUAAACCCUCUCCUCCUCCAAUCAUUACAAUUCACCAUCAAAAAUCCAUCAAAUUCUUGAUUACAGGUAUUGUUUUAGCCUCUGUUUUUCUUCUUGUUGCUUUUUAUGCUUUUUAUGUCAAAUUUUACUCAAGAAGGAGAAGAACAGAGGAAAGAGAGGAGCAAAGAAAUGAAAUCCAUGAAGAGUUUCUUGAUGAAGAUCAUGGUCCUAUAAUUGACCAUCCAAUUUGGUAUAUAAACACUGUUGGGUUACAGCCUUCAGUUAUUAAUUCAAUUUCUGUUUGCAAGUAUAAAAGAACUGAUGGGCUUGUUGAAGGAACAGGGUGCUCUGUUUGCUUAAAUGAAUUUCAAGAAGACGAGACUCUUAGGCUAUUACCCAAGUGUAGUCAUGCUUUUCAUAUUCCUUGUAUUGAUACAUGGCUUAGAUCACAUACCAAUUGCCCAAAUUGUCGGGCUCCGAUUGUUAUAAAUCCCAAUUCAGAUAGAGCUGCAUCUUCAGAGACCAAUGUUGAGGGUACGAGCAAUGGAGAAGAAACCCGUACCAGAGUUCCAGGGACUGGUAGAGAAUCUGAUGAAAUUGAAGACGUUGAUGGUGAAUUGAGGAGUAGAACAGAUCAAGAUGAAGAAGAGGAAGAAGUAAAUGGUGAAAAUAGAAGAAACAGAGUAGAAGAUUUGAAUGGAGAGAAAGAUGGGUUGCAACCAAUUAGAAGAUCAGUUUCUUUAGAUUCUUUAUCAGCUUUCAAGAUUAGUCAAGGUCUUGCUAUUGUUGAUCAAAUACAAUCUGAUCGAAAUUCAAGAACAGAGCAUGUAAAACAGAGUGAAUCCAGUAUGGGAAUUGUUUCAAAAAGAUUUAGCGGCAAUCAAAGCUUAUCAAGGUUCAUGGCUAGUUCUUCUAUUGCAAGAUCUUUGCAAAUUGGGCCAAGUUCAUUGAAGAGAUCAAUUUCUUGUGGUGGAAAACUGUUCUUGUCAAGAUAUACCAGGAAUAGCAGCUCUGUUCUUCCUUUAUGAUAAGCCUGCAAUCUUCAUUUUGGUGGCCUUUUUCAGGUGAGAAAUUUGUAAAUUGAGAUGUUUUGAAAUUUCUCUAUAAGCUGAGAGUUUUCAAAACACAUUAUAAAUACAAAAACAAAGGAAUGCUUUAUCAAUAAAGAUAUGAAGUAUGAUCUACUGAUCCGAAGCCGGAUAAAGAUGUAUUUUGAUACAAUACUAUAUAAUUGUGAGUAACAAUUUCUGUUCUUACAUGUGUUUAUGAUUUCA